AUGGGAGAUAAGGAAGGUGCACCGACCCUCAACAUGGCGCUCCACGAUGGGUCUGCUGUGCCUACUCCCUUAGUCGCCCGUUGUGAGGAACUGCGUACUAAGAGGGGUGGACUUCGCCGACAGAGAGGUCGGUUACGGUCUCAGUUGCAGGCUAUCAAAGAGGACAUCCAGGUGAUCUUAGCUGUUCCUGACAACGCUGAAGACCCUACGGUACUUGAGUUAGAACGACGAGAGAAGGUUCACGAAGAAGAGCUGUUGGUGAUUGAAGGAGAAUUGGCUAAG